GGCCAAGGUAUAGAACCUGAACUAUUUAUGCAUUUACAAAAAAUGCUUUUUAAGAAAAAAAAAACUAUAAAACAGUAUUCGUUGUCAUUGCAUAAUUUUAUAGACAUACAGGCGUAUAAUAGUUUCCAAAUUUUGCUGCCUAAAAUAAGUAAUCCCUAAAAAAUGGCUCUACCUUGGCAUAUUCCGUUGGAGGCAGCAAUUACCAAUAAGCCGCAAAAAGGUAAUCCACCUCAGCCCAAUUUACUAAAACAUUACUGUAAUCUUAACUUACAUCAAGCUCCAUGUGAAGAAAUGCAAACAGGACUUAUGUGUGAUAUAGGGGUAGCAAAUCGAGAGCCUGCUGUGAUUCAGAGAUUAAUUGCUGCGGGUUUGACAGUGGCGCGGCUCAAUAUGCGAGACCUCGAACCUGAUGCCUGUGCGCAGUUAGUUCAAAGUAUAAGACAAGCUGUUUAUAAUUAUAGUGCUGAAUUGGAAUACGUAUAUCCAUUAGCUCUCAUGGUAGACGUUAGAGGCCCGGAAAUUGUAACAGGCGACCUUAAAGGCGGUCCAAAAACAACAAUCGAGUUGAACCAAUUUGACACAAUACGGAUAACUACUGAUACAAGUUGGCGAGAGAGUGGUACACCAGACUGUCUAUACAUUGGAUAUGAUCACUUAACUGAUUUACAUCCUGGCGAUUUAAUAAUUAUUGACAGUCUGACCCCAGGUAAAGUAAAACUAGUCGUUACUGAAGUAGGAGAUGAUUCCGUCGAAUGCUCAAUUACUUUUGGCGGUACCAUUGGUGCUAAGAUGACAGUUCGGAUUACACACGUACCUCGAGAUAAUGAAAAAUCCGGUAAAGGCGAUGGGAGUUCUAAUUCUUUGACUGGUAGUCAGACAUCACAACAACCUUUUGAACAUAUGGAAGAGCAAAUAGCUUGGGCCAUUGGAUCUGACGUUGACGGUGUACUAGUUCCAAACACCCAAAAUGCUAGUGAUAUUCGCGGAGUUAAGGAAUUACUAUCAGAUAAAGGAAAACAUAUUCUAGUUUUUGCUUGCAUUGAUACCGUAUUAGGAUACGACAAUUUUGACCAAAUAUUAGAUGAAGCUGAUGGAAUUUAUCUCGACCGGUGCAUUCUAAGUACUGAUUUACCAGUAGAAAAAAUAUUUAUAGCUGAGAAAGUGAUGUUAGCUAAAUGUAAUAAACUGGGUAAACCGUGCAUUUGUAAAGCAGUUAUUAAUGAACAGAUUCCUACCCUUUGCGUCACAGAUAUUGCGAAUCUUGUAAUUGACGGCGCCGAUGUUAUUUGUUUGGAGCUACAUUAUGAUUCUCCCCUAAAGAAGUUUUCACCGUCGUAUGACUCAGUAAAAAUGGCCGAGCACUGUCUCGCCGCCGCAGCCGUUAUUUGCAGACAUGCGGAGAGAAUAAUUUGGCAGCCGUAUAUAUAUGGCAAUACCGAACUUAUGGAAAGUCUACUUGACGAACCAACAAGAGCUAUUGGUGUUAGUGCAUGUGAACUUGCGAUGCGCUCUUGCGCGGUUGUAAUUAUAUGCCUAACUAGCUCUGGCCGAACAGCAAAGCUUAUUGGUCAAGCCAAACCCCACUGUCCGAUAGUUGCAGUAACAAGCUGUCACACAGCACGCCAGUUACGUUUUUGGCGAGGAGUUCGUGCCAUGCAUUAUUUUGAAGCUAAAGGAUCUUGGCCGUUGGAAGUAGAAGCACGUGUUCAUGCUGCUCUUGAUUAUUGCAAAGCAAAACGAAUUUUGAGAGCUGGCGACGCUUAUAUUUUAGUAGCAACAUCACGACGUGGAGUCGGAUAUUGCGAUAGUAUUAGAUUGUUGUAUGCUAGUGCCCGUAAUACGGUUAGCGUAGAUUAGUAUUUAAUAUGUAAUUGUUAAAUUCUUUAAAAAAAAAAUUUUAGAUGUCUGCUAACUCACACUCGGUUUCACCUUCGUUUUUAUUGUAUAUCUUUUCUCCCCACUAUUUUAAUAACUAUACUUUGGUACCUUUUGUGAAUACUUAUUUUAAUUAUUUUUAAAACGUAAUGAUAUUACUUUGAUUAUGGAUUAUAUGCAUAAUAGAUAUUAUGCAAAGUUAUCCUGGAAGUGUCUCGGAACACUUGAUCAUAAUUGAAAUAUUUGUAUUGCGAAUUCAUAUUUACUAUCGACACAGUGCAAAAGACGCCUACUUUCCAGCAAUGUCGAUUGUAUUUUUAAAAGUUUUAAUUGUAAUAAUUGUUAUUUCAAGUUCUUAAUAAAAAAUUUAAAAAUCUUAAA